AUGACUCUAGUCGCACCGCUCCUAUCUGAUCUUGGGGUGCACACGGAUAAGCCAAACGUGGACUCUGGACCGACCUACGAAGCCGCCUUGUUUUUGCUCGCUUUGUUGGUUGCUUCUCUUUUGGCAGAUUUAAAAUCGGAUCAACCGCCACGCAGAAGUCGACGUUAAUCGAGUUGAGGGCCUGAAAGACGACCAGUCUGCGCCGGAUGACGAACGUCCGCUAGAACUCGGUUCCCUGGAGAUGCCUCAUACAUCUACAUAUGCAGCACAUUCUUCUUGUCCGUCCUCGGCCACUCUGCCUUUUGCCGUUUCUUUCCAUUCCGUUUACCGAAACCCGCAGUAUCGAUUGAAACAUUGGCCUGUCUCAUCAAAUUUACAGGAACCAACUUUUUGGAUUUCUCAUUCCCUCGAUUAUUCAAUGAUUGACACGAUUUCUUGUAUUUUUCCAAAAAAAAACCUUAUUUUUCACCGGAUGUCUUUCAUUUCCCGCCAUCAUGUCAGUUUUAUUUGCUGCUCCUGCAGCAAUUUAUUUUUGUUGGGCAAUUUCCUUGCCAAAAAUCUCUUUGAAUGCGUCACUUUCUGCGGUGGCAGCGAAAUUCAACAAAAUUAUUUGAAAUUGCCGCAGCGAGGUUGAUUAGUCUUGCUACUCAAUUCAAACUUUUGCUUCAUCUUCAACCGGCGAUCCUCCUCUAUUCUUCGUCGUCAUUAGUUUAUUAGUUGAAUUGUCAUGUUCGUGCUUUUUUGAAUUUACUAUCUUCAAAUCUCUAUCUCCCUAAUGAGAGAGAAAAAAACUUCUGAAUGUUAACAAGUUCACCUGCUCAACUCGUGAAACCCUAUACGCAGCUGCGAACUUUUCCUUUCCUCUGCAUCUUCGGCGCUUCUAACGCCUACACCAAAAAGCUCCUUGGAUGCUCAGGUAGCGUUACCGUGGGUCGAGUCUCCGCCUCUAUGGAAUGGCGACGAGCACAGUGUUGCCGAUCCUCUGUCUCAUGGAUUGGCAAUCGCCCGAGUGUCGGCUCCACGCUCAGCCGCCACGCUUCGCGUCCAACUUCGACGCGUCGCGGCUUGCAACGCGGCGGCCUAAGCCUACAUUAGACGCCACCCUUCCAACCUCCAAUGAAAGUACUGUAAUCGGUAGAAUUACUUCACGAAUUGCUAUUUCGAACAUGAGUGUUUAAGAUCAUUCAAUUGGUAAUUUGGGAAGAAAAAAAAUUUUUAGGCUGACUAAUUUAUAAGAUUAAUGUUCUAACAUUUCUGCAAAAACGUUUAAAAUUAUUUACUUUGGACCGCAAUUGUAUCUGUUUAUGUAUACAUGAAGCGAAAACAUAUCGGUGAUCAUUUGAAAAUCGUAUAAAAGGGUUUUUUUUAAUUUUGAGUUUUGAAAUUGCUCACAAGUUCUGACGAGGGACUUGCACAGCAAAAUUUGAGAAUUUUUUUUUUGACAUAACCUACAGAAACUUUUCCAAACAAGGAAAUUCAAAGUUCUUUGGGGCUUCGUGCCAAUUUUGUGAUAAAAAUUAUGCUUUUUUCAGGUUUCUUCUCGCCAGUGCUACCAUCGUCGGCGACGUCGAUUCAGCCACGGUCCAGCUCAACGACCACAACAGAAAAACCGCGGGGUAGGUCUUCUCAAGCUGUUACGCAACGCGCCACGUCCACUACCACCACCGCAACCUCCACCAGCUCCUUCAUCACAGUCACAACCGCCGCCUCGACAGUGACCUCGACGCGCAUGUCAGACCAAGUGGUUUUCUUAUCGGAACUCACAGCCGAGGUCGAGGCCUCAGCGGACGACGAUUUCGGACGACUGCAGGCGACGGCGGUCACUCAGCCACUCCGCACCACAAGCACUCCUGCAUGGCGUCGGCCGGCUCCUACCAACGCCACGCCGCUUGUCACCGUACUUCCGCGUCCCUACAACAGCAUCGAAGAAGCUGAGCAGAAUCCUGAUUACUGGGGUUCGAGCAUCUGGAACAACGUUGACGCUUUGCCGGAGCCAAUGGUGACUGGUCCUGCUUGGCGCACUCGUCGUCCUAUCAAUGCCACGGCUUCCGCUGCUACCGAGAAACUCACAACGAAGCAGACGACGACGUCGGCGGUUGUGAAGACGACGGCUCGGGCCGCGACGCGCAGCAUUUCCACAAUCACCUUCACUACCACCACGACCAAGCGGCCUAUCACCUCUCGGAAGGCAAACGGUUGGUAGGCACGAGUAUGCUGCGUGCUGUGCAUCUCCACCUUCGUUUCCUCGUCGUCACGUGUCGUAGGGGUUCUAGUGAUGGUUUUUGAGGAAGAAGCGUAGACGAAAUCGCCAUUGUGUACGUGUUGAAGUAAUAGAAAUGAAAAUUCCAGUCUGAACGAAAAUUAAAAAAAAAAAAUUAACCGAAACUCUAGCUUCAAAGUAAUAACGUUUUUCAAAUAAUUGCCAUAAAAAUAAAUUGAGACGAAUAUAAUAAAAUCCUGAACUUAUUCUGCGUGAAAAGUAAUGGUAUGAAAAGUUUUUCUAUUCCAUUGAAACACUGAAACUCAUCACUUCAAACCCUACGGAUACGAAAAAAAAAACCAUCAAAAUAUUUUCUUCGAAAGUUCCGAGGCGAUAUCGUCAAAGCUGCUCGAUCAAGCCAUUUCAGAGUGCUCGACUUUUUCUUUUGACUUCACUUCGUGUGGCUUAACUUUCGUACUUUUCAUUAUUUUCGGUGUUUUCCUCAGUUCGAGUAGACAUUUUGUGAAGGAUCGCGUGAUGUAGAAUGUUUGUAUGCUUGAACGAAAAAGCAGCCCCAGAAAAUGUAUUGUAGCCGCAAGAAAGGCAGUCAGAUGAGAGUUUUGAGAAAAUGGAUGAGGAGCGGUCCAUUGAAAGCAAAAAGGCCGACUUCCGCUUGGUGAAACGAAAAUGCCCCGGUAGACGCCGUUGAUUUGCCUUUUUUUCUCUCCAAUUUGAGUUUUCACGACGCGUUCUUUUGUUGGUGCCGGCCAACUUUCGACGCCGUUUUGCUCUUCCCUCCAAAAGUUUUGCCGGCCAGUCUAAUUUGAAGUCGCCCACUUCAGUGCCCUUUCAUUCUCCUGGAAUUCUCAAUUCUCAUAAUUCUCCGUUUGAGUAAUCUUUUCGGAUCUUAUACUCAGUAGGUUCAGUCUAUUCACCGGUGUCUUAUGAGAUACAAAAACCUGGUCGUCUGUGACUCUCACGUCCAUGUGUUUUUUUCCUUUCUCCAAUACUCAUUUUUCAUCCUUGAAUAAAUGGCUUGAGCCAGCCGUGAAUCGAGUAACGAAUCUUGAUCUCAAUAAUUUGAAACUUUUAGAGUCUUCAGCUUCAAUCCUUUGAAAACUUGAAGAAAAAGGAAAAAUUUCGAUAAUUGUCACGCAACUAUUUUUUUUUUCUUAUGAAAAGUUUUAUUUAUGGCACCCAUGCCGUUAUUAGAUAAAAAUUAACUUUAUUCAAAAAAUUUUCCAUAGUCCAGUUCGCUUUGAUCUAAAAAAUUAAUAUUUAAUAAACGCUGAAUGCAAAAUAAUAUUUUUUUAUAAUCGAAUUUUGGAGAAAAACUUUUUUUUAUAAAAAGGCGGAUAUUUUUUCGUUCUAUAAUAUCUCUUUUUGGCCGUUAGUAUUACCUUUGGCUCAGCUUUCGCAGCUUGACAAACUAUCUCCUUCCGGAUUUGCUUUUAUUUGAAGCGAAUUGUGAGGAAUAAAAAAGAGGCGGAUAAUGAGAGGCAAAAUCCGAAGCUAAUGCCGUAUCAGCUGCAAAAAUAUUUGGACGAAAAGUAAAAGACCGACAUAAGUUGUUUUGUCGCCUAGGCUACUCGUCGUCUUUUCUCUUUUGCGCCUGAUAACAGACGCCUAAAUUUACAAAUCCCAAUCCUAACUCUAAAUUCGGCUCGCUUUUUUCGUCUUCUUUAUACAGACUCGAUGAGUAGCGAACAUUUGCAUUGGAUUUCUCAUUGAUUAGUGGUUAAAUGAAGAGAGAGGAAGUGUAGAAGAAGUCCAAUUCUGACAAUUUAACCUCGAAAACACGUGACAAGGAGAAAAUCUGAAGGAAAGAUGCUCGGCUGCCGAAUUAGGCAAAUGAGCAGCGACUGCUGCCUUCUGGACACUUUGUCCAGGCCACCGGCUUGCCUCGUUUCUCCUGAAUGUGCUUCAGUUGUUGCCGUGUCCCGAAAAGACGUUCAGAUCUGUCUUUCAGAAGUCUCGAGCACCGUUCUGACGACGGCGACUUCGGUGGCGGCGACGACGCGACUCAAGGCGACGCCUCCUUACACUGUAUAUCCUGUGCGGCCGACGACGCCUAUGGGCGGUCCUGCGCCUACAACUAUGCAGGUAGAAUGGCGUUGCGAAUCGAAUUUUAUUUCGAGUUUUUUUAUUUGAAAAAAAGAAUAAAAUUUUUUUAGAGUUUCAUCAGUCAAACUCUCAUCGACUGAAAUGAAAGGCUUCAAUUAUUACGCAAGGACUUGCAAUGAACCAAAUUUCCAUCAAAAAAAUACAAUUUUUUUGUUUUGGUUUUUUUGUUAAUCUUUUUUUGCUCCUAUUUUUUUAGAAAGAUCUAUAUUAGGCAACAUAAAUAAUUUUUUUAACGAUCUUUUUUUGAAACCAUAUUACAAUCUUUUAGGAACUCGAAAAAAUAUAGAGCUGAAUUUAGAGAUUUUUGUGCAUAUAUCUUCAGGACUUUUCUUUCCUAUCAACCUGUGAGAAUCUUGUAGAUUUUGAUUCUUGAGCAAUUUAUCAAAAAAAAAAGUUCGCUUUUUACCUCUAGAAAAAGUUUUCAAAAAAAAAUUUUCUUUUGUUUGUUUUAGGGAAUAUUUUUUGUUCAGAAAAGAAGAAACGGAUAAGGAACAUGUUAAGUUCAAGCCGUCUGGUUUAUAGAUGCCGAUAGAAACGACGACCGAUUUCCCCAGAACAGCUCUGAUAAUGGGCUCCUCUCUAACCGUCAUCCUAGCCAUCGCAGCCGUUGUCUUUUUCGUCUUCAAAUGCCGACAAACGCCGCCGUCCUCGGAGCACUAUCCAAUGGUUGGUGUCCUUCAUUGCGUCUUUUCAAGAACCAUUUCCAGACGAUGAACACCAAGUCUCAAGCUGGAUACACGGCCAUCAGCUCGCAACUCUCUCCACAACUCAAUGAGCGCAACGAAUGCACGCAGCCCCUAUUAUCUCGCCCCCAAGUUGGUCCAAUUUCUUCCGGCUGAGUGAAACGAAAUUCCGAAUUCAUCUGAACACUAUUUCAUUUGUGGAUAGAAACUACUGAAAUAGAAAAUUUUCGUUUUGGUUUGUCACCGUUAUUUAUUUAUAAUACAACAGAUUUUCAGUAUAUUUUUUUCAAGGGUUUUCUUACUUCAAAAAUUUCAUCGAGAAGUUGCUUUGAUUAACUGUGCUGAAAUUUUCAAAACUUUAGAGGGACAUUCAGUGGGACACAGAAUGAAAGAAAUUUUAGAGCGAAGAUGGAAAAAAAUGUUCAGAACUGUUCAGAAAAAUUCUUUUUCGGAAGUGGACUUAACAAAAAAAUGUUUCAUCAUAUUAUUUUUUUGUAUCAUCCAAAUAUUCAUGAGAAAUAAAUAAAAUUAGCUCGGUAUAUUACUUGCUAAGAAGUUUUCGCGCAGUUAGAGUUGGAAACGAUUUUAAAAGUAUUUCAUGCUAUGUUACUACUCACUAACAUACCCCUUAGAGUUUCCUCGUUGUGAAUGAAAAUGAAAUCAUCAAUUCUUACAAUAGAAAAUUUUUCUCUGUUGUUCAGGUCAACGGAAACGGCUACCAACCUCUGAAUGGCGCCGUAAUCUCCAACGGAAAUCACACGAAUGGAGUGAACGGAGGCGUCCGCAGCGCCACCAUCCCCCGGAAUGGUGCUCCUCCCGCUAAAAAGAAAGACUUCAAGGAGUGGUACGUGUGA